CUGCUUUAGUUUCGGUUUCCCGACAAGCCAGUCUCGAGUGUGCUUUGUCCAAAAACUAGCCACCUAACUUUCCCCGGCGGAUGAAAUGGCGUCUGUCGUCUCAUCACUAAACGACGAGAGAGAAAAGAGAUUGCGGGAUUUUUUCUCCAAACCCGUGCGCUUGCAUCUCCUCUACACGAGCAGUGUGCACAGAGCCGACGUGCCGACGCUGCUCUCCAAGUUCGACGGCGGAGCGUACAUCCUCGCGCUGUUCCUACCGUCCGGCUCGGUCAGGGGGGGCUACACGACCAAGUCCCUGAAUUACCGGAACGAGUACGCGGACGAGCACGCGUUCGUGUUCGAAAUAAACGAGGACGCCGCGAGGCGCUUUCGCGUGCUGGACGCCGCCAAAGCGGUGGCGAUCGGCAGCGCCCCGGGCAUCUCCGCGUCGCGAGACACCGUGCAGUUCGGGAGCUGCUUGCACAUCCACUCGGAGAAGCUCCGGUGGUGCGCGAACUUCGGCGCGGACGCGACCUACGGUACCGGGUGGUGCGAGGAAAAGCAACUCGCCGUGCACGUGGAGCUGCACCGCGUUCAAGAACUGGAAGAUGUCCUGGCCAUCCCUUGGAGAGAAGUGGACUGGACGGAGAAAACCAGGGAUGACCUCAGGAAGCAGCUCGUCUCUUGCGAGCUGAAGCUGGAGUCGCUGUCGCGCGUGAAGGCUCUGCUCCUGGGCCCAGUGGGUUCUGGGAAGUCCAGCCUGGUCAACUCCAUCCGCUCCACCAUGUACGGGCGCACCGUGCACCUGCCCAUCAUCGGCAGCGCAGAGACCGCCUUCACCCAAAAGCUGACGUCGUAUGACAUCCGGGCCAAGAAGCGAGGCCGCCCCACUGCUCUGAGUCUGUGCGACGCGAUGGGGGUAGGGGAGGAAGGCUCUAAAGAUCUCACCCUGUCCGACGCCCUCGCCGUCGUCCGAGGCCACGUUCCAGAAGGAUACAAGUUCCAGAGCGAAGCUCCAAUCACUGACGUGACGAGCGGUUACAGGGCCGAGCCCUCCCUGAACGACCGGGUCCACUGCGUCCUCUUCGUCCUCGAUGCCUCCAAGGUGGAGUCGUACCCCGAAAGCCUUUGCUCCGCCCUCCGGGAACUCCGCACCGCUGUCUCUGACCUGGGUGUGCCUCAGUUGAUUUUGCUGACUCACGUAGACCAGGUGUGCCCUAUAGCCAAGGAAGACGUGAAGUACGUCUACUCCAGCCGAUCUCUGCAGGAAAAGAUGCAGACCGCAGCAGAGCUGGUGGGGCUGCCGUUGUCUUUCGUGUUUCCGGUGAAGAACUACAUUUCCCAGCUGUCAGUGGAGUGCAACGCUGACAUCCUGCUUCUCAGUGUAGUCAACAGCGUCCUACAGGCUGUGGACGACGCCCUCGAAGACCACUUCCCUGGUCCCAUCAUGGAGUUUCCCAGUGAAGACCCUGUACCCCACAUCGAAGAGCAGCAUAGUGAUGGAUUUAUGUAUGCCCGAGAUGACCUCAUGAGGGGCGUGGUGUCCUUCCAAGCCCUGGACAAAGACUUGCCACGUAUCCGGGUCCUGCUGCUCGGUCCGGCGGGAGCGGGAAAAUCCAGCUUUGUGGUCUCCGCACGCUCUAUCAUGUACAACCGUGUCGUUCACCUGCCCAUCAUAGGCAAAGCGGCAGGUGGAUUCACCAAGAGAUUUGUCCAGCCAAAAAAUGCCCGAGAUGACCUCAUGAGGGGCGUGGUGUCCUUCCAAGCCCUGGACAAAGACUUGCCACGUAUCCGGGUCCUGCUGCUCGGUCCGGCGGGAGCGGGAAAAUCCAGCUUUGUGGUCUCCGCACGCUCUAUCAUGUACAACCGUGUCGUUCACCUGCCCAUCAUAGGCAAAGCGGCAGGUGGAUUCACCAAGAGACUGAUGUCGUACGAGAUCCGGGCGGAGAAAGGAGGCUGCCCCACGGCUCUGAGCUUGUGUGACGCAAUGUCUGUAGGAGACGGGUGCUCGGUCGGUCUCUGCCUUAGUGAUGCCCUCGCUGUCGUUAAAGGCCACGUUCCAGAGGGAUACAAGUUCCAGAGUGAAGCUCCCAUCAGUGACAAGGUGAAAGGCUACAGGGCUGCGCCCUCCCUGAAGGAGCAGGUCCACUGCAUCCUCUUCGUGCUCAGUGCCUCCGAGGUGGGGUCGUACCCCGACAGCCUGGGCUCCGCCCUCCGGGAGCUCCACUGCGAGGUCUCGGACCUGUGUGUUCCUCAGUUGAUUCUGCUGACUCAUAUAGACGAGGUGUGCCACGCGGUACACGAGGACGUGAAGUACGUCUACUCCAGCCGGACUCUGCAGGAGACGAUCGAGAAGGCCGCCGAGCUGGUUCAGAUGCCGGUGUCCUCCGUCAUGCCUGUGAAGAACUACACCUCGGAGCAUUCCGUGACCUGCAACGUGGACAUCCUGCUCCUGGAUGCCAUCCGUCACAUCCUAAACGCCGUUGACGACAUGCUAGAGGACCAGUUCCCAGCAGCCAACGAGACGUUUAAAGUGGAACCAUUAAAACCACUGUAAGAGCCCCCCUGCGCUCUCAUGUGAGACCUCUUCAGGUGUCCCAAAGAUGAGAAUCCCUCGUAUUUUACAGAAAAAAAGUCUAAACGUUUGUUCCUACUGUUACUCAGAGGCACUGUGACAGGGCUUUGACGAGGUUCCUCACUGUAGCUAGAUUACUGUAUGCCUUAACAGUAUGUGUUAUCGUAUGCGUCUUUCUGUAACAGUUUCGAUAUUAGCAUAUUAGCUUCUCAUAUUUGUGAACAUGAAAGUCCAUUAAAUUAAA